CGUGACAUUGGUACUGACGCACUACCACCACCAACCCAAUGGGCAAAGUGUCCCACAUUCUGCCCCCACUUCCCACUGAUAACUACUAAUUCUCUUCUCUAAUGGACGCCGCCAGUGCACCGCGAUAUCGCCGCAAGAAUAUGAAUGGGCUCGCACGGGUGGUAUUCGGUGUGACGAUUUGUGCGUAGUGAGCUUUGGAUUUGGGGCGGCGAGUGAGUUCGCGGGUGGUUUUUGGGGGCGAGGAGCGGAAUUUGGAAACUUAUAAAAGGAAAAAUUUUGGUUGGUACUUGUUUACUAACAGUGCGGUUUUGACGUUUCUGUGCGCUUUGAGGUUUAGGAAGCAGGAACACCCUCGGCACCCACCAUGGGCCUGUACAAGCAGUACUUCCAGAUAGGGCAGUACGCCAGGAACCAUCUCCUGGGCAAGAAAAAGAAAGGCAAAAGCGGCCCUCCCUUGCUCAUUUUAAAAAACGGAAAGUUUACGAACAGUCGACUAGCUGUCCUCUUAAUCGGCGUCUUUACUCUAGCAAUGGGCAUUAUCUUAUCAUCCAUCCCAUGGGUAGACUACCUCAUCUUAAAGAACCUCCGACUCUGGAACGGCUCCCUCAGCUUCCAGUACUGGCAGAAGCCCGGCGUCCUCCGACUCACCAAAGUCUAUAUAUUCAACGUGACGAACCCCGAUAGCUUCCUCAACCUAGGCGAAAAACCCAGGCUGCAGGAGAUCGGGCCGUUCGUCUACAGAGAAGACAUGGAAAAAGUGAACAUAAAAUUCCACGACAACGGGACCGUCACCUACCAGCACAAGAAAAUCCUCCAAUUUGUACCUGAACUCUCCGUCAACAAAGACCAAAAAAUCACAGUGCCAAAUAUCCCUCUUCUGACUUUGUCCACUCAGUCCAACUCCAUGAGCUACCUCGUCCAAAGGACCAUCUCUUUCUUGCUCAACUUGAAGGACUACAAGCCCUUCGUUACCGUGACCGCUGACGAGCUCGUUUUUGGCUAUGACGACACUCUUGUCAGUCUCGCGCACAGCUUUUACCCGAAGCGAAAAAGACCGAUGUCGAGGAUGGGGCUUCUUAUAAAUAGGAAUGGUACUUUGAAUGAAGUUCAUAAUAUAUAUACUGGGAUGACAGGGAUGCAGGAUUUUGGGCUUUUGGAGAAGCUUAAUGGCGCUGAUCGGCUGCCAUAUUGGAAGGAGUCGCCGUGUAAUAUGAUCAGAGCAAGCGAAGGGUCGUUUUUUCCACCUAGGUACUACACGAAGGCGGAUGUUGUGCACGUGUAUGAUAAGGACCUUUGUAGGGUCAUGCCCUUGCAGUACAGGGAGCCGGUGGUCAAACACGGAAUCAGUGCGGACUUGUACACCCCCGCCGCCUCCAUGUUCGAAACGGUGGACCAAGAACCCGACAACAAAUGCUACUGCCCAGGCAACGAUUUCUGCCCUCCAAAGGGCCUCCAAAGCAUCAGCCCUUGCCAAUUCGACGCCCCUGUAUAUCUCUCCUACCCACACUUCAUGGAGGCCGACCCUGCGCUGAUCGAGCACUUCGAGGGCCUCCAGCCCGUCAAGGAAAAACACAGCUCCUACUUAAAAAUCCAACCCAGAUUGGGCGUGCCAAUCGAGGCUAAGGUCCGCCUCCAGCUCAACCUCAAGGUGGACCAAGCGCGUCACGUGACCCCCGUCGCCAAGUUCCCCAGCAUAAUUUACCCAAUCAUGUGGAUCGAGGAGGGGAUAGACGACUUGCCGCCGCCAAUCAGACGCUGGAUUUAUCUGGCCACGACGUUCGCCGACGUGGCGUGCCCUCUCAUGACGUACGGGUUCAUUUUUCUGGGGGGGUGCAUCCUGGUCGGGGUGUUCAUCAACGGGUACAAGUCGCUGGUCUUUACGAAAGAGACCAUAGAGAUCAGUAUGAAGUCGCUGAGGAGGCGGAGUAGCGGCUAUAUUGCGGUGGCGAGACCCAAGCUGAUAAAGCGAGACACGUAUACUCUGCUGGACUUGGAUGGCGUAGAGGAGAUCGACAUUUGAGAUGGAUGUUGGUUUGAUGUGGUUCCCGGUGGCUCGGGUUGAGGAACGAGGCGAAAGCGAGGAGGCCGAGAUGCUCAGAGUGAAUUUUGUGAUACUUGGUGCAAUAAUUAUUCCAUUGCCAAAACGUUGAGUGUAGGUUAGGUGUAGUGCGAGUAGGAGAUUUAUGAGGAUUAGUCCUGUUUUUAUUGAGUGAUAUGAGUCAUCACAGUGCCGUCAAACGUCAUUUGUUUGUAUAGAUAGGAGUAGGCAAUUUUAUAUCGAAAGCAUGUACUUUUUAUAAAAUAUAUGAAUUUUAAAGAC